AUGUUGUCGAACCCGCUCCACCGGUUUUCCCCCUACCACGCGAUCCCUUCCGGCGCGCUUCUGUCGGGCGGUCAUGUCCCUUCCAGUCACCUCCACGCUGCCGGCCUUGACUCCCUAGCUCCGGGGUCCCAUUACGCCCUUCAGCAAUUGCAGCAACACGUGGGUGUCCACAACCCGCACCUCGCCAGAGCUGGGCCGCAACAGAAGCAUCGCCAACACCCUUAUGGACCCGCCGCCAGAGCUGCCGGAGCAGCGGGCCCCAUCCGGAGGAGAAUCAGCAGGGCGUGUGAUCAGUGCAACCAGUUACGGACAAAAUGCGAUGGGCAACAUCCCUGUGCUCAUUGCAUUGAAUUCCAAUUGGGCUGCGAGUACAUCCGGGAGCGUAAGAAGCGCGGCAAAGCUUCCAGAAAAGACCUUGCCCAGCAAGCUGCCGCGCAGGCCGCUGCUGCUGCCGCCUCCCAGAACGGACAAAAGUCUGAAAGCCAAGCAGGCGAAAACAGCCAGUCAGCAGACAGCCGAAGCGAUACAGCCAGUACCACGAAGCCGUCGGUGUCCACGGAGCAACAGUCAAACUCGGAUAAGAGCCUGAACGAGAUUCCCGAGGAUCCUGUCAGAGGCCAAAGAACGGGAAGCAUGGACAGUCUAGGGGAUUUGGGGUCUCACCAAGGUCAGAUGACGAGUCAUCCUGGGACACUAGAGAGAGACCACCUGGACAGCCCGACUGCUCUCGAUCUCAAUGGAUAUGGCGCUAUUCACCCGGCAUAUGACCGCCAAGUGAUGAGCUCACACAUGAUGGGCGGUGCGCCACACACGUCUUACGCCUCCAACCAGGGCAGCAUGUCAAGCUAUCCCGAUCUGCCGUAUGCGUUGCAAACACAGAGCCCCACGGGCUACUCGGCAAACGCCUCGAACGGGUUCCGCCUCGGCAACAGCCCCCUGAGCGCCUAUCCGAUGGGUGGCGAGACCACCUCUCCUGGUUGGAUGAACAUGUCGUCGCCGCCGCCUCAGUUUGCUUCCCAUGUGCCCCAGAACGGCUAUGGCCAUUCGCAGCUGCGCUACCCCGUUCUGGAGCCCCUGGUGCCACACCUGGGCAACAUGAUCCCGCUCUCUCUCGCCUGCGAUCUCAUUGACCUCUACUUCGCGAGCUCGUCAUCGGCCCAGAUGCACCCCAUGUCGCCCUACGUUUUGGGGUUCGUGUUCCGAAAGCGAUCCUUCCUGCACCCUACUAAGCCUCGCCAGUGCCAACCAGCCCUCCUAGCAAGCAUGCUGUGGGUUGCUGCGCAAACAAGUGACGCUCCGUUCCUGACGAGCGUCCCUUCGGCGCGCGGCAAGAUCUGCCAGAAGCUGCUGGAGCUGACCGUCAGCCUCCUCAAGCCGCUCAUCCACACGCCCUCGGAGGAAGCCUCGCCCGUCUCGAGCCCCAUCGUCGACGGCGUAGCGCUUGGGGGCCUCGGUGUCGCCCUUCCCGGUUCUAUCAGCAUGGACGCUCUGACUGGCGAGUCGGGCGCCUUUGGCGCUGCCGGGACUCUUGACGACGUAGUUACCUACAUCCAUCUGGCGACGGUGGUGUCUGCGAGUGAAUACAAAGGCGCUAGUCUCCGGUGGUGGAACGCUGCAUGGUCGCUCGCUCGUGAGCUCAAGCUUGGGCGCGAGCUGCCUCAGAAUGCCCCGGCGAGCCGUCAAGGCGGUUCAACCGAUAUGGACGGUGAGGACGGCGCGGAGAUGGGCAGUGUUCCUGGAGUUGUUACCGAGGAGGAACGGGAGGAGAGGCGACGGAUCUGGUGGCUCGUCUACAUCGUCGACCGCCACCUGGCGCUGUGCUACAACCGUCCACUCUUUCUUCUCGACAUUGAGUGCGAGGGGCUGCUCCGGCCCAUGGAUGAGCUUGACUACCAGAAUGGCAAUUUCCACGCUUACACGGACCCUAACGUGCUGGCCUCGGAGCCAGAGUCCGCCCAGAAUCUCCGGGGUCGCGGUCCUUCGUUUGAAUGCACCGGCCAUAGCAUCUUUGGCUACUUCCUCCCCCUCAUGACCAUCCUAGGUGAGAUCGUUGAUCUGCACCAUGCAAGGAAUCACCCACGCUUCGGCGUUGGCUUCCGACCGUCCCGUGAGUGGGAUGACCAGACAGCCGAAAUCACACGCCACCUUGAGGUGUAUGAGCAAAGCCUCAAAAAGUUCGAGCAGCGUCACCUCAGCCUCAGCGCGCAAGCGCAGGCCGCCGACGAGAAGGCUGCCGAAGCCGCUGGCGUGCCCACGGCCAACGACCUGCCACACGACAUCGGCACCCCCUCGGUGCACAGCGUGCACAGCGUGCACACCAACUCCAGCCGCAUGACCGAGAGCGACAUUCAGACUCGCAUCGUCAUGGCGUAUGGGACCCACGUCAUGCACGUAUUGCACAUCCUGCUCACGGGCAAGUGGGACCCCAUCAACCUGCUCGACGACAACGACUUGUGGAUCAGCAGCCAGGGCUUCAUCACGGCCACGGGCCAUGCCGUUUCGGCCGCCGAGGCCAUCAGCACUAUCCUCGAGUUCGACCCGGGUCUCGAGUUCAUGCCCUUCUUCUUUGGCAUCUACCUUCUCCAAGGCUCCUUCCUCCUCCUCCUCAUCGCCGACAAGCUCCAACUCGAGGCGUCGCCUAGCGUGGUCAAGGCCUGCGAGACCAUCAUCCGCGCCCAUGAAGCUUGUGUUGUGACGCUCAACACUGAGUAUCAGCGCAACUUCAGCAGAGUGAUGCGCAGCGCCCUCGCUCAGGUCCGUGGCCGCGUGCCCGAGGACUUGGGCGAGCAGCACCAGCGUCGCAGGGAGCUUUUGGCCCUGUAUAGAUGGACUGGCGACGGGACCGGGUUGGCGCUGUGA